CAAUUGUUUGGUUUUGGCAAAGACAUCUUUCUUGUACGAAAAUGUUGAUGAUAGAACAGUCGCUCCGAUCACUAAGGCGCCCCAAAGUAUUUCUGACUCUAGCUGGAGCAAGCGUGUUUCUCAUUGCCUACGAUGCAGAACGUUCGUUGGGUGAGACGUUUUUGAAACGUAAAGUGUUGAUCAGCAGUUCUCGAUGUUUGGAAGGUCGGAAGGAUUUUCCCUUCCAUUCCCUUCUAUUACAUCACGGUAGAACGACUGUUGGCUGCGAACGGAAUGCAUCGGGGCCUUUUUCGACCAUACCUUCCGCAAGAGAUCGACGCGAGGUCUCGCCGCUGACUCGAACACGCCGCUUCUUCUAUUCUCUGUCGCUUGCUUCCCUUCCUUUGCCUCGACUUCUCAACAAACGAGAUCCAGAUUUGGUACUCAGGUCUCGGUAUUUACGUCAACGUCAACGAGACUCACAAGCGGUGCAGGCGCUACAAAACAGCGUUGCCGCAGAGACGCCGAAAGAUCCUCAGGCUGUAGCGGGUAUUGUGAAGACGUUGUACGAAUUGUUGUACGGAAAGGGUGUAGGGCCGCAAGAUCGGCAAGACUUUUUGUCGCGGUACGGAUGCACCGGUUGGACGGAUGCAAUACUGGAUCUGCUUUUAGAAUUGGCAGCCGAUCGAGGGAUUGUGGAAAUUGGCGCCGGCAACGGACAGUGGGCGCGUGCGCUGGUGGAUCGGUACAUCGAAAGCACUUCCACAAACGAUUCGAAUUUUCGGCCUCGUAGCAAGCAGUUCGAUUUUGUGUUGGCCUACGAUGACAUGAGUCAGUUACCUCUCGAUCCGAAAGUCUUUCACGAAAAGACACAGCCGUAUCGCGAAUACUUUCAUAAAGUGCGACACUGCGAUUCUUCUUUGUCCAUUUUGCAGCAGUGGACUUGUCGGGGUCGUGUCUUGCUUUUGGUGUAUCCGCCACCAGGCGGGAUGGCAGUAAACGCGGCACACAUUUACGUCGAAUCUUCGCCCGAGCUCAACGAUACUAUUGUUUACGUUGGCGAAGGUCGUGGGGGAUCGAACGCGGACGACAUUUUUUUCGACUUUAUGGAAGAGGGUGACUGGAUUCUAGAGCAAUCUGCACCCGUUCAUUCCUUUGGCGACAAGGGCUACGAAAAACUUUUCGUCUUUAGGCGAGCACCAUUCGCGUCGGAAUGA